AUGGAGGAGAAGCUACACACCCUGCACCGGCUGCUGCUACGGGUUCGUAUCAUUGUCGAGGAGGCAGAGGGGCGGUGCAUCACGAACCAAGCUAUGAUAUGCCAGCUGAACAUACUCAGGAAAGAGAUGUACAGAGGCUAUUACACUCUAGACAGUUUCAGAACCCAGGCAAAUAGAGCAGAUCUUGGAAACUAUCAUCCCUUGUACCCGCAACCUUACAGCAUGCACCUGCUUCUUGACAGGUGCGUGUUUGGUCGCCAAAUGGAGCUGGAAAGGGUCAUGGAUUUCUUGAGGCAAACAAAGUCUCCAGGUACAGAAACAAGUGUAGAUAUCCUGCCAAUUGUUGGUCCAGUACAUGUAGGUAAGAGCACCCUGGUUUCAAAUGUCUGCAACAAUGAAAAUGUGCGCAAUCUCUUCUCUCAAAUUUUGCUAGUCGGAGAAGAUGAUCUUCGACGCAGAAGUCAAAAUGCCAAUGAUGAUGGCCAUAUGACGAAGCAACCAAAUGGCGCCUUAACUGAAAAGGAAUACUCGAAGAUAAUAAUCACAAGUCGAUCUAGCAAAAUACUAGACUUUGGUACUGUACAGCCUCUUGUGUUGAGCGAUCUACCCCGAGAGGCAUUUUGGUAUUUCUUCAAGGUUCUUACCUUUGGAAGUGCAGAUCCUAAGGAACAACCCAAACUGUCUUCAAUCACCAUGGAGCUCGUCAUGGGGAUGAAACAAUCAUUCGGAGCUGCAAACAUGCUUGCUGACUUACUACGGUGUAACCUGGAUGUUCAGUUUUGGCGCAGGACCGUUAAGUUGGCAAGACGAUAUGUACAAGCAAAUAUCUCUGAAUUUGGUGAGCAUCCUUGUGCUCUUGUGUGGCAGAAUAGGCCAACACGUUUGGUAGUAGCAGAGAUUGGCAUUGUAGUCUCGGAGACCUAUGCGGCCAUGGCUGCGUGUCAGUUCAAACUAUUGUUUGAUGAAGAACAGAAAACAGGAGCCAGUAAACCAAGGAAACUUGGAAAGAACAAAUGCACCACUCACCAGCCAAUAAUGAAGCUCAAUGAUCUCCCAGUCGCUGCAGUGUCUGCAGAGCAGGGCGAGAAGUGA